AUGUCUGACUGCAAGAUCGUUCUUAUCACUGGCGCCAAUAAGGGCCUUGGUUACCAAGCAGUCAGAGCCCUCCUCGGAUCCAAGCAAAGAUACCACGUCUUCCUCGGCUCCCGUGACUUUGCCAAGGGGAAGGCUGCCGCUGAGACGGUGGCGGCUGAAAUCAAGUCGCAGAGCGUUGUCGAGCCACUGCAGCUUGAUGUUGAGAGCGAUACUUCCAUCAAAAAUGCAUUCGAGACUGUCAAGAGCAAGGUUGACAGACUUGAUGCGCUCGUAAACAACGCCGGCGUCAUGCUCGAUCAGCAAAUUGAACGCGGCAACAUGACUGUCCGCGAGGCCUACAACAAAUCCUGGGAUAUCAACGUCACUGGACCUCAUGUCAUUACAGACACUUUCUUGCCGCUCCUGUUGAAGUCGUCCGACCCUAGGCUGAUUUUCAACACCAGUGGCGUUUCCUCGUUGGCCAACGCGGCUGACUCUUCUCACUUCACCUACAGGGUGCCGCCUGCUGGGACGCCGAAGCCCGUGGGCACAAUUUCUUACAGAGCUGCCAAAGUUGGCCUUAACAUGGUUAUGCUCGAGUGGGUGCGCAUGUUAAAGAACGACGGCGUCAAGGUCUGGUGUGUGGCCCCAGGUUUCUUCGCCACUGAUAUCGGCGAGGGGGACCCUGAAUCCAUGAAGAAGAUGGGUGCUGGCGAUCCGUCUGCUGGUGGCCAGGCGCUUGUUAACGUGCUGGAGGGAGAAAGAGACGCCGAUGUGGGAAAGGUAGUGAACAUGGCGGUUUACGGUACGCCUGUGCAGCCUUGGUGA